CGAUGGUUUUUCAUAAAUAAAAUUUGAUCUGCACUACGGCGUCCUAUAUUCUUUUCCAUUUCCUUAAAUAAUUGCAUAGGAAGUAAAUAUAUGAAUACUUCGAAGCCCCGCUGCGCAAAUUGCUCCAGAUUUGCGAAUUCAUUCCCGUUGCGGCGAGUGUUGGACGCCAGCUGUUGUGUCCGCGAAUCUAACCUCGAAAAUAAAACUCGUCGCAGUAGAAGACACGCGCGUAUUCCGUGCGUUUAAACGACUCGGCCCGAGACGUUUCGUGGCUCAUUCGCGAAUUUACGGAAAAUAUAACGAAGAAAACGUGUUGCGCAUUAAUGAUAUUUAAAUAAUCAAGUCGAAGUGAAUAUUUCCGGGCGCGACGGUGGACACCGGGUCAGUUUCUGCAGGAGCGAAUAAUUAUGAACUGCUUCACCGUCCUGCGGCUUGGACGUUGCACAGUCUUGAACAAGAGCCUGAUUGAGCAUUGCCUGAGACGGUGCGUGCCCGCGUGCCAAUCCAGAUUCUACGUCGCGGAGAGCGAGCAGCGUUACAGGCAGCGUGUCGACGCUAACGAACGGACCCAGAGGAAACCGUUGCGAAUACGUAUAGUGCAAAAUUUCAAGUGUACGAGGAGAAAAGUGGAGGAGAUCAUCGAGAGGGAGAACAUCUGGACGAUACCCAACUUCCUCUGCAUGGGUCGCAUUGUUACGUCGCCGUUCUUAAGUUAUUUGAUCCUGUCGCAGGAUUAUCAGAUAGCGCUAUGGUUGCUCGCGAUUGCAGGACUGAGCGACCUGGCGGACGGAUGGAUCGCGCGCACUUGGACGUCGCAGGCCUCGAAACUCGGGAGCUUCCUGGACCCGGUCGCGGACAAGCUACUCGUCGGGACGCUGUUUCUCUCCCUGGCAUGGGUCGGAUUGAUACCAGUUCCGCUCACUUGUCUCGUAGUCUCGCGCGACGUCCUUCUAGUAACCGCUGCAUCUUACAUCCGAUAUCGCUCCUUACCUCCGCCGAAAACAUUGGCGAGAUAUUUUGAUCCCACGCACGCCACCGUGCAAUUGGCACCGACUCUGACGAGCAAGCUGAACACCGGGAUGCAAUUGUCUCUGGUCGCCGGGACGUUGGCUGCUCCGGUUUACCAUUUCGUGGAUCAUCCGAUCUUGCAAUGUCUGUGCUAUAUAACGGCAUUCACAACAAUCGCGGGAGGUGUCAGUUAUCUAUUGUCGAAGGAUACGUACAAAUUGUUGAGGAAAAAGAAAACUCCGACGCGAACAUCGUCCUAGACUGUACAUUAUAUGUGUAUUGUAUAAUAGCUUUCAGAUUUAGGCCCGGUUGCGCCGUUACGUAAUUUUAACUUUAGCUUAAUUCGCUCUUUGUCUCUUUCCAAGGAAGUAGAAAGAGACGAAGAGUGAAUUAAGCUAAAGUUAAAGUGAAGUUGUUGCCGGGCCCUAUUUAGAUUGUACAAUGUAUAUUACUUCUUUUUGUACUAUUGUAUUAUGUGCUACUUUGUACAGAGAUUGAUGGUCCUGAAUUUAGGGACCUUUUGAAAAAGGUGCUUUUCUACAAGAUUCUACGUGUAUAAAAAGUUUUGUAAGGUACAAUAUUUUAAAAUGAUAAACUCGAUAUUUUUGUUAUGGAAAACUGGCUUCAGAUUGUUACGGAGGUGCGUAUCCUCUCAAAUCUGUUAUACUAUUGUAUAAAAUUUCUCAAGUAUCUUAAUCUGUUCUCUUCACCUGUGAUAAUUUACUACAAAAAGAAAUCUGAGGGAAUUUGAUUAUUUGAUCAUAACAUUUUUUAGACGGUGAUAAUAUGUAUAAUCUACCAUAAAUGUCUUAUACCAUAACUAUGUUUAUUAAAAUAAGUACACGAUACUAUAUUGCGCGCUCACGACAGUUGCUAUCGUCACCCCGCUGGACACUCCAUCCAUAUAUUUUUACGUCCAUGGAUUUUUACCAAUAGAGCUUAAGGGGAUGCUGGAGUCUGUCUGUUUUACCGACAACGCGAAAGUUAUGUAUGUGUGCGUAUAUGUAUAUUACAUAAAAAAGAAAGAGAGAGCAAUAAUACGAUACAUCUUUCCUUGUCUACCAGA